GUCGUACUAUGUUGUCAGGGGACCAAAGAUGGCGGCGCACACAGCGCCACCAGCGUGCGACAGUGCUAGCGUAAGUUGGUCUAGCUAAAACAAUAUACUACUUCUGCAGUUACGGUACUUGGGGGACUCGGCUUUUAUGUCAACGUUUACAUUGUCAGGCAGGUGCUUUAUGUUACUUUGGUACAGUUUGUGUGAUUAAAUUAAUGAUGUAGGUGCAUCAUUAGCUAAUCGCAUCUAACACAAGCUAGCUGGUGUUUUGAUUGAAGAAGACAGUCUGUUGACCUUGUUGGCCUCUGGCAUUUUUAAUAAAUACCUACGCAAGUGUCUAAAUAUUUGGCGAGUAGCCUCGUUCUCUGUAGUGAGACAGUUGUGAAAGAUCACACACUCUUUUGGAUACUAAAUAAAUAGAAAAUAAUGUCAGUCUGGGUGGCUGAAGAAGCCAUGAGAUGCGCUCUGCGCUUCUGCAGCCGCAAGUUUCUAUGGCAAUCGCGCUUUCCCGUGAAGCCAGCAGCCACCCAAAACUCAUCUUCUCUUUGUAAAAGGCUGACACACACCUGGGACAUAGGGAGAAGCCACUCGUGCCUGGCAAUAGGUUUAGCCAGUUCAGUGCAAUUUUACUCACAAGGCAGAAUUCACAAUGAUGAGGUGAAGGAGAAGGAUCUCUCCUCUGCACCAGCAGAGUCUUCACUGUCCAGCUCGACCAUCUCAGGGCAGACACCUAGGCAAUCCCCCUUCGUGGCAGAGCUGCAGAAAUGUUGCUCCCCAUCAGAUGUGUUGGACCUCACCUGCAAAUACGCACCCACAAUUAAGCAGAUCAGCAGUUGCCUGAACCACAUGUGGUCCACCAGUAAGAAGAUGUCAGAUGAGCAGCUGCGCUAUGAGCGCCAGCUGAUGUUUGAGCAUCCUGCAUUUGAGACACUACUGCAGAAGGCCAUGAAAAGUGCAUGGCUAAUGGACAAUGAUUGUCUGGUCCACUCUCUCUUGAGCAUGGUCAACCUAGGUGUGCCUCAACAAAGCCGCGUGGUUCAAACAUUGCUCCAAACCUGCCAGGAGAAGAUGAAUAACUUUGAUGAGAAGAGCCUGUCCAUCUUGGCAACCUGUCUGGAAAAAAUGAAUGACAGCCCCAGCGUUGGGGCACUUAAACAUGGCAUGAGACUAAUUGUUGAGGCCCGUCUUCCUGGCAUCCAGUCUGUAUUGGCUCUCCAGACUAUGAUGCGUUUGUUGGGGAAAGAUGUACCUCUGGACCUUAAGAAAAAACUAGAGAGAAAAGCUUUGUCAAUGACUGGCCAGUUCAGCCUUCCCAACACCCAGUAUAUGAUCUCCACUAUGGCCACAAUGGGUUUCUAUUCCAGACCACUGCUGGAGGUCUGCAGUAAAACCAUCACAGAAAACCUCCAUGGGACCCCCUUUAACAUAUUGUAUAAAGUGCUGCAGUCAUGUAAAGAGCUGCACUACAGAGAUUUAAACAUGCUCACUGGAGUAUCGAACUACAUCGCCUCCACACUGGAUAUAUGGACCAAUAAACAGCUCCUCUUCUUGCUGUCCAUGUUCGAGAAGUUUUUGUUCUGUCCCACUGCCUUAAUGGACGCAUUUGCUGAGAAAGUAGUGUCCGAUCCAAACGUCCUGACAUUUAAGCACCUCCUUUGUGUUCUGAGGGUGUACUCUUCUCUCAACUAUGAUCUGCAUCACCGGAGAGAGACGUUUUUGGACAGUGUCAGCCAGGUCCUAGAUUCCUAUCUUCACAAACUGUCUGCAUUUGAGUUGCUGAAGUCUGUUUAUUUUCUAUGUCUAUUGGGCCACUUCCCCUCUGCACCGCUGGAGAAGCUCCUGCAGAGUAGUACAGUGGAACAGAUAAACAGUAGUGCAUCAAAGAGUCGGAAUAAUCAGCAAAGAAUGCUUCGGACAGUGGACUUGUGCCUCCAUCUUGAUCUCUGUCAGCCCUUGACUGUUCCUUCACUGGGUAACACUGAAUCCAGUAUUCCAUCAGUCAACCCUCAGCUUUCACAAGGACUACAGACUGUGUUAGGGGAGCAGGCAGACACAAUGCUACAGGAAAUGGUGAUGGUGGAGGACUUCUACCUUAUAGAUGCUGUGAUAACCAAGCCUGUGCCCAACCAGAGCGACGCAAGCAGGUGCGCAGAGAAAGAGCUUUCUCCAGCAGAGAGCAGUCAAAGAAUCGCAAUCGUUUGCGCACCACCCUCCGGUUUUUGCUACGGUACGUCCAAACCCCGUGGUCCCUUAGCGGUCAAGAUCCGGCAUCUAAAGAUCCUGGGAUACACCCCUGUCCUGAUUACGGAGCAGGAUCUGCGAUCUGAGGAGCACAGGACAAAGUUCCUCAGGGGAUUGAUUUUUCCAGAACAGCACAGAUCCAAUACAGAGGGGAGAGAUCCAACACAUGAACUGGGAUCUUGAGGACAUUUGCCUGCAAUCAUCUUGCUACUUAAGUCUUUGUCCACAACAGAGAUAUAAAUAUAUAAAAUGAAUCGAGGCCUGUAUUGGAAGAAAAUGCAGCAGGCUUAAAUAUUCAAUCUGCAAGAUGUAAAUAAAACAACACUGAUGAAGA